AUGGGGGGCCGCACCACGCGCGCCGCUUGCCCUCAGAAGCACUACCCGGGCGACCUCAUUUUCCCCGCGGGAGAGUACGACUUCAUCUUCGACGUCGAGAUGGGUGCCGGGGGGGCGACCACCAGGCUGCCGUACAACAAGGGCCAGAACCCGAUGGUGGUGGCGGAGUCGUUCUGCACCAGAGAGCAGAUAAACAAGGGCAACAUCGAGCAAGUCAGGACCUUCAUCAUCCAGAAUGCUGGCGGGGAAGCGGCAUGUGCGGCUCCGACGCCGGCCGCGGCGUCUGGGCCCGUGUCCGAGAACUUCCCGGUGAUGACGCCGGCGGUGUUCAAGGAGGGGAAGUUCGACCCGAUGCUGAAAAAGAUCGUCGAGUUCAACGACCAGGUGGAGGGCGAGGCCAAGAUGGACGCCAACGAGGUGGGGUUCCUGACCGACGCCAUCGGUCGGCUGAAGGUCAGCAUCACCAGCGCGCAGUUCAGGCCAUGCGAGAAGGAGUUGAUCUACGUCAAGCUGAAGACGUGGCCGGCCGACAAGCUCCUGCCCAUCAUGGACCUGUGGCGCCUGAUGCUGGCCAACCCCGAGAGUUCCGACCUCUUCAAGGGCUCCGACCGUGGCGCCGCCUGGCUCACCCAGGUGGUGACCCUGCUGUCUGGCGACCCCAGCGGCGGCCUCGGCCUCUGCUGCGCCCGCUACCUGGCCAACCUCUCCAUCUUCCAGACCAACCG